AUGAACUACUUUUGGAAAGAGAUAAGGUCGAAGAGGAAAUAUAAUAGAGUUCCAAUUGUAAAAAAUUUAAAGAAUAAGGGAAUUGAUGAAUCUGUCAAAGAGGAACAAGAAGAUAAUGUUAGAAAAACAAAUGAGGAAUAUCCACCUGGUUUAAGAUACCUUCCAACCAGAAUGAAAUAUGAUAACAUCACUACAGCUGUUAUGGGGAUGUCGCUAGAACAAAAACAAGCAAUCUUGAGAAUGGGUUUUGGAUCAAUUCUUCAAGUGAAUAUUACAAGUUAUCCGAGCCAAAAAAAAAACUAUGGAAAAGGGAUGAAAAAUGAAGCUAUUACUAGUCCUAUUACACUCCUGAUUUUGGUGUGCAUGUAUAACAUGAAGUAUUCUAUCGAGAUAGAUAAAAUGCUUCCUUUUAUUUUGCAUAUUAAUGGUGAACAACAAAUGCUCAACUUUAAGAGGGAUUUUGAAGAUGAGGAGACAUACACUGCUGUUAUAGAGCAUAAUUAUGGGGUAAUUCUAAUAGAGAAAAGUACUAUGGGGAUUGUGUUGAAGGAUGGUGAUGUCGGUGAAGGAAAUAGUUCACCUGUUAGAGGAUUGAUAGUUACUGAAGUUAAUGUAGAAAAAGAAUUCAAUUAUAGUAGAACUGUUGAUACAAAUUCUUUAACAAUGACUCAGUUUCAUCGACUUCUAGGGGUGAAUGAGUAA